ACCCAUCAAACUCCCCUCUCGAUUUGCGCCCAAACUCAAGAUAGCCCGCUUCUUCCCCGUCAACUAACCAUCCCAUCACCCAGCGGAACACCUCACAGCCGUCAAGAUGAGCAGCCCAGCCCUCAACAAGAUCGCGGCCAACAGCCCGUCGCGCCAGAGCCCCUCGGAGCUCGAGACCAACAUUGCCCAGGCUCUGUACGACCUCGAGACGAACACUGCCGACCUGAAGUCUGCCCUUCGCCCUCUGCAGUUUGUCUCUGCCCGUGAGAUCGAAGUUGGCCACGGCAAGAAGGCGAUUGUCAUCUUUGUCCCCGUCCCUUCCCUGCAGGGUUUCCACCGUGUCCAGCAGCGCCUCACCCGUGAGCUCGAGAAGAAGUUCUCCGACCGCCACGUCCUCAUCCUGGCCUCGCGCCGCAUUCUCCCCCGCCCCAAGCGCUCCAACCGCUCGCGCAACACCCAGAAGCAGAAGCGCCCCCGUUCGCGCACUCUGACUGCCGUCCACGACGCCAUCCUUACCGACCUCGUCUACCCCGUCGAGAUUGUCGGCAAGCGCCUCCGCACCAAGGAGGACAACUCCAAGACCCUCAAGGUCGUCCUCGACGAGAAGGAGCGUGGUGGUGUUGACUACCGCCUCGACACCUACUCCGAGGUCUACCGCCGCCUCACUGGCCGUAGCGUCGUCUUCGAGUUCCCCCAGACUGGUGCCUCCGACUACUAGAUAUCUGGCAUUCUGUUUGGCUGAGUUGGGUGGGGCUAUGACAAAAAUUUCUUUUUCCAUGACGGGUGGUUUUCACGGCGUGUGGGAUGGGAAUGAUCUUGGUUUUCCGUCAUGAACUGCCACGAUCGAAUCAAAAAAACAGGGAAAACGGCGUUGUCUAGUUUGUAGCUUGUGAAACAAUACAGGCUCGGUCAUUUCAUGAUACCUUUUUUGUUUCUCGGAGUCUUGGGGUUGGGAAAGAAUUGAAUUCUUGUUACUGGUCCAAAGACAACUUGCUCAUCAGAUGAAUGCUAUGCACAAAAAGGGGUAUCUCCUGUAUUCUACUCUGCAAAUAAGCGGCGACGGUUCCUUAGUCCUGACUGAUUCGGCCAAUACCAACAACACACCAAUAUGCCAG